GUGUGACGCCUCCAGAUCAGCAGGGAGCUCGUCCAGGUCCCUUCGCCUCGCAGCUCUCACCACGGCUCGGACUGACUCACCAUGACGUACCGGACGGUGGUGAUGUACCUGGAGAUCGGCUGCUUCGUGUCCUGUCUGUUCGGCUGGAUCCUGGUGUGCUCCACGCUGCCGACGGAGUACUGGACCUUCUCCGAGGUGGGCAGCAUCGUGCUGACCACCUCCAACUACUACUCCAACCUGUGGAAGGACUGCAUCUCCGACACCACGGGGGUGUCCGACUGCAAGGACUACCCCUCCAUGCUGGGCCUGCCGGUGUUCCUCCACGCCUGCAGGGCGCUGGCGGUCUGCUCCGUCAUCACCGGCUUCUUCGGAGGCGUCCUCACCCUCGUUGGGAUGAAGUGCACUAAGAUCGGAGGCUCAGAGAUCGCCAACGCCAGAGUGACCUUCGCCGGCGGGAUCACGUACCUGGUGUCAGGAUGCUGCGGGAUGAUCACCUACUCGUGGUGGGCCAACAAAGUCAUCCGAGAAUACUUGGAUCCACAUUUCAGGGCUCAGAAGUUUGAACUGGGAGCUGCGAUCUUCAUUGGCUGGGGGGGAUCCGUGCUCCUGCUGAGUGGAGGCACGGUGCAGAGCUACUUCUCUGGAAAAGAAGGUCUGCCAUCAAGUUCCCCUAAACGGCCCCUGAGACCCGGCACGUACGCCACGGCCCGGACCCGACGGACCUACAUGCUGCCGGCCACGUCCUCCAGACUCACGCUGGGGCCGCCGCUGUUCUACGAGGGCAGGAAGAGCCGAGGGGCCGGGGCCACGGCGUCGAGGGGGGGCCGCACCUUCAGCAGGGACAGCUUCGUCUGAGUCCCACAGGAAGUCCUGAGCUCACAGGGGGACCUGAGGGACUUCACAGGAACAGUUUGACCUUCUGGGAGAGUCUCUGACUGGUUCUCUGAACGAGAGACGAGGAGAUGAAACCCUCAUCAGACCCCAAACAGCAGUGAUGAGAGCAGGUCUUCAGUCGGGUGGAGUUUGUUAUCGUCCCACAGAAGCUCAUUACUCAUAUUCACCACAGUCAUACGUGUAUUUUCCCUGAAUGUCAAAGUUUUCCUCGUGUUUACAUAUUUGAAAGAAGAAGAAACUGGAUGGAUCUUUUUUGAAAUCUUACAAAACGUUAAUGUUCUUUGAUUUGAUGCUUUUCCUUUCCCUCCUUCCCUGUGAGCCACAUUCUCCUCGUCUCAUUAUGACUGUUAGCUUUUCUUUGUACAGUUUCUGGUUUGGUUUUGUGUUUUUAAUGAUUAAAACAAAGUGGUUUCCUUUAGAACGGGUCCUUCCUUUGUUUC